GACCAUAGAGAGAGCGAGAGAGAGACGCGGCGCUGCGAAGGGAUCGCCCUCCCGCUGACUGGACGCAGCUCACACUGUCUUAACAACGCGGCGCUCACACGCUGCAAAGCAGAGCAAGCGAGGACCGCACGACUAAACCGUAUUGCAAGCCAGGAGGGGUUCAUAUUGGCGGAUACAUUCAUCGCAGAAGAAGACAGGCGGGUAACCCGAGUGCACCAAAAAUAUUAAGCCAUGAUGAGCCGCAGGGUCGUCCGUCAGAGCAAGUUCCGCCAUGUUUUCGGACAGCCUCUCAAAGCCGACCAAUCGUACGAGGAUAUCCGGGUUUCCAAGGUGACGUGGGACAGCUCGUUCUGCGCCGUGAACCCCAAGUUCGUGGCGAUCAUCGUGGAGUCGAGCGGGGGAGGAGCCAUCCUCGCCCUGCCGCUCUGCAAGACAGGGCGUGUGGAUAAGAACUACCCUCUCGUCAUUGGUCACUCGGGACCUGUCCUGGAUGUGGAUUGGUGCCCUCACAAUGACAACAUUCUGGCCAGCGGCUCCGAGGACUGCACUGCGAUGGUGUGGCAGAUCCCGGAUCACACUCCCUUGCGGCCGAUCUCCGAACCCAUCGUCACACUGGAAGGGCACUCCAAGAGGGUGGGGAUAGUCACGUGGCACCCCACCACGCGCAACAUCUUGCUGACCGCAGGGAGCGACAACGUGAUAAUAAUCUGGAACGUGGGUACAGGGGAGCCCCUCGUCUCUCUGGACAAUCACCCCGACCUCAUCUACAACGUCAGCUGGAACCGUAACGGCAGCUUGUUCUGCACCACCUGCAAGGACAAGAAGGUGCGCGUGGUGGACCCGCGCAAGGGGGAGAUCGUCGCGGAGAACGAGAAGGCGCACGAAGGCUCUCGUCCAAUGAGAGGCCUGUUCCUAAGUGACGGGAAAGUGUUCACCACGGGAUUCAGCAGAACGAGCGAGAGACAGCUAGCACUGUGGGACCCGGAGAAGCAAACCCCCCACGAGGGGAUCAGGCCCAUGAGGGCCAUUUUCACGCGAGAGGGACACAUCUUCACCACCGGCUUCACCCGUAUGAGCCAGAGGGAGCUGGGGCUGUGGGAUCCGACGAACUUCGAUGAGCCGAUCUCGCUCCUGGAAAUGGACACCAGCAACGGAGUUCUGCUCCCCUUCUACGACGCAGACACCAGCAUUGUGUACCUCUGCGGGAAGGGCGACAGCAGUAUCCGGUACUUCGAGAUCACAGACGAGCCCCCCUACGUGCAUUACCUCAGCACAUACAGCAGCAAAGAGCCACAGAGGGGCAUGGGCUUCAUGCCAAAGAGGGGUCUGGAUGUCAGCAAGUGUGAGAUUGCCAGGUUGUACAAACUCCACGAGAGGAAGUGUGAGCCAAUCACAAUGACAGUGCCCCGAAAGUCGGACCUGUUCCAGGAUGACCUGUACCCCGACACGGCGGGGCCCGAGCCCGCCCUCGAGGUGGAGGAGUGGGUGGAGGGCCGGGACGGGGAGCCCGUGCUGGUGUCCCUGCGUGACGGCUACGUGCCGCUCAAGAACCGCGAGCUGAAGGUGGUGAAGAAGAACAUCCUGGACAGCAGGCCCCCUCCCCGCCGCAGCAUGUCCUCCUGCGACGGCAGCUUCACGCAGCAGGUGACUCUUGAAAAGCUGCUCGAUGAGAUUCAGUCUCUGAAGGCGACGGUUCAGUCCCAGGGAAAGCGAAUCUCCGACCUGGAAAACAAGCUUUCCAAAUUUACCAACGGCACGGCCUGAAGCCAGGCGCGAUCCUUCCUCCUUCCGUCCUUCCUUCACUUCUUCUUCCUUCCCAAUCUCUCGCUCUGUCGCUCUCUCUCGUGGACAACACAGUGUUAGCCAGAGCCCGGACCGGCAGCUCUGUUCCGCGAGAGCCAGGCCAGGUCUUUGCUCCAACCAGGUCAUGAGAAAAGUUUCUGUGGAAAAAUUCAGUGCAGGGUUACUAAACUCAGGACCUGUGGGCCGUUUUUAAGGACUGUUUUAAAUUUGAAUUAUUAUUUUUAAAUUCCCUCUUAAGGACGAUGGCUUGCUAACUGUACCACAAAUCUAGAAAACUCAAAUUUGACUUGAAUAUAUAUAAAUAUAUAUAUACACACACACACACACACAUUAUAUAUUUUAACUUAUAAAAGAUGCCCAUGGGAUCCAAACCCUGGACCGGAAUAACAUUCAAGGAAUGAGGUCCCCGCAUCUAAAGUUUCAGGGUCUUAUUUAGAAGUUCCUGCCUUUUAUCACAUUGUAUCUGCAAUGCUCUACAGGCAGUGCCGAUUUCCAGGCCUGGUUGAAAUGAAAUCCUGGUCUGGCCUCUCAAAGACUGGAGCUGCCAAUCCCUGAGCUAAAGCAAACUGGUACUGGGAGGGGAACGUGGGUAUAUACCCCUGCCCCUGCCCCUGCCCCUGCCCCUGCCCCUAUGUACAGAACUUGGAUACUGGACUGCAAUACCUGAUCAGAAGUCAUUAUAUUGUAAAUAUUGCAAAAACAAAACAAAAACAAGUACAUAAAACUAAGACUGCAUAGUGUUUUUGGUGUCCUGUAGAACGAAGAUAACACAGACAGAACCGUGUUUCUGAGAGUUCUCCACGCUAGACUGGCAGCACUGGCCUCCUGCAGCUGUGUGUCAGGAACACGAUGCGUCAGUCCUGCCUGAACAACAUCUUGCCUGAUGUGUUUAAAAAAAAUAAGAAUAAUUUUAAGUGUUUUAAAGAAGUAUUUUCUAAGAACGGACAAUGCAGAGUGUCUCUCGUGCGCUGGAAGUCCCUCGUCGCCGAUUUGCAAAGCUGGCAACGGCUGAGGAGUCAGACUGCUUCUGAAAGAGCAACAUGUCAAACUCGUUUUACUGUCUGCGCAGCUGUAUUGAAUAAAUGCUUUUGCUCAGCUCCACUGCAAAAGGGUGGGUUUAAAGAUACUUCGCAGGCAAUCAAUAAUGCCUCUAUCAGUGUCCAAAUCUAUAUUUAUUAACAGCAACAGUCUAUUGCAAUACAGUGUUCUAGACAUUUCAUUAAGCUGUCUAUAAGAACACUUUGUAACAGGCCGUUAGCGUUAACGCUAGUGUCAUUCGAAUGUAACUAACUACCUUAUUAAUAAUCAUCUAUUUUAGUAUCAAAUUUCUAGAUGUUUUAUAAACAGGUCCUUAAACUGAAGACAGACCUAAAGGGUUGUGUUCACAGAGCUUUCUGUUUAAAGAGACUGAAGAAAUAUUGAUUUUGAUUGUGUCAAAUGCCACACACACACACACCUCAAUGAUUUGGUACUUCGUGGGUUAACUCGAGGGUUUUAAAAGGAGGUUCUCGCUGAAGAUGGCAUGUUGUGUGCGAGCGCUGCAGUGUUACCAUGUGUGCCAUUCUAGCUGUGAAGCAGGGCAGGCUGCCAAGUAAUACUCCUACUGCAGUGAACAGCUUGCUGGCCUUGACUGUCUCAGUGAUCCAGUGCUGUGCUGGGGGAAUGCGCUUUGUGUGUGAUUUUUUAUUUUGAUAUAUCGCACCUUUCUACUGCAGGCACCGUAAGGCUACACAGUGUGGGUCUCCAGACUGCAUGGACAAUUAUAUAUAUCGUUUAAAUAACCCUUUUAAAAUGCACACUGGAGCCAAAUCCUGGGUCCGAAGGUGGGAUUUCUCUCUUUAUUUUUUUGCAGAAAGAUUUACUAUCUUUCUGAGUAGUUCUCAAAAUUUGACCAGCGAUCUGUAUCCCCAUCCUUGGACAUAGCCAAAAACAAAAAAACCCUUUAAAUGAAGGUACAAGAAUCCACAGCUCAUGUGCCAUUAACCCUCUUAGAUACUGACUUCAUAUUUUAGGGCAAAAUCUAUUGUUAACUUCUAUCUAAUGCAACAAACAAUAAAGAGGUACUGUUA